AUGAAGCCAAUUGCCUUGAUCCUGUUGUUCCUGGCUGCAAGCCAAGCUAGAGUGGUGCAACUGCCCCAGGAUAUUCCUGUGACCGUGGUGGAGGAGAAGCAGCAGCCAGCUCCAGUGGCUUUACCUUUGGUUAAAGAGGAAAUCAAACCCAGACUUGAGGAAAAUAUUCCCACAAUCAAGGAGGAGCUAAAGCCUGAAAUUAAGCCAGAGAUUAAGGAAGAAAUUAUACCCGAAAUUAAGCCUGAGAUCAAGGAGGAGUUAAAGCCAGAAAUUAAGCAGGAAAUCAAGGAGGAGUUAAAGCCUGAAAUUAAACCUGAAAUCAAGGAUGAGUUAAAGCCAGAAAUUAAGCCUGAGAUUAAGGAAGAAAUUAAGCCUGAAAUUAAAGAAGAAAUUAAGGAGAAAUUCAAUGAAAGGAUCAAGGAACUCAAGAAAGCCACCGAGGAAAUUCAAGACCUCAAGGAGAAGCCUCAGGAAAUUAAGGAAGAAACUCCAGCUCUUUUAGAACUCAUUCCCGAGGAACCCAAGCCAGCUGCCAUUAAUUUGAAAACACUCUCAGCCGAAGAAUCUGCUCCUGUGCCCGACGCUGCCCAGGAUCUGUCGCCUUUAGAACAAAAUCAAUCUGAAAACCAGGAGGAUCCCGCUCAUCCCCAGGUCCGUCAAGCCACCCAGGCCACACCCACGCAGCAGAGCACCACACAGGGCAACUUUGUCCAGCAAUUGAUCCAGAAUUCACCCAUUGGUCAGUUCCUGAAUCAAUUCCAACCGCAGCAGCAGCAACCCCAGCCAGCUGCUCCAGCUGCAGUCCAAUCCGAUGAUGCCGCCGCACAGCCCACGCCAGCGCCCACAGUUCCUGGAUUCCUGAAUCCCCAGGCUGCCUUCACUCAAGCCACCCAGGUGGUGCAAAAUGCCGCCCAAUCGGUGGUCAACUCCACCACACAGGCCUUCCAGGGUAUCCAGCAGUUUGCCAGCAAUUUGGGUAAUCAAUUCCAGAAUACUCUCUCUGGCUUGACCAACUCCCAGCCGGCGGUCUCGACCACACCACGUCCACCAGGUCCCAUUCAGCAGUUUGUGAAUAAUGUUUUCGGUGGUAAUAACAAUGCCACUGCGGCGGCUCCAGCUCAACAGCAGCAGGGUGGUAAUCCUCUCCAGGGUAUCAUCAAUUUCCUGGGCGGAAAUCGUCCACAGAAUGCCCCAGCUGCUGCUCCUGUGACCGAGGCUCCUGCCAAGCAGCCCAAUGUUGAUGAUAAAAUCGAUCCUGCCCAGGAUGAGGUGGCCGAAUUUGUCCCAGACACCGAGAAUGAGGUUCGUGCCAGCGGAGAGUCCAUCGAUGACUCCUUCGAGGAGGCUGCUGUGCCCACCAAUGAGGUCAUUGUGGUCAAUGACGAUGCCGGUGAGGUGAACGAACCUGUUGAUCCUGUCCAGGUCCAGCAGCAACCCGUCGAUGCAGUGGCUCUUUGA